AUGCAGGUCGAAGUCAAUCCCAACGAGGAUACUGAAUGGAACGAUAUUCUCCGCCAACAUGGAAUUAUCCCUGAGAAGCCCCAAGAUCCAGAACCAUUGAUCCAAGAAGCGUUAAUUGAAGCCGAGCGCAAGGCGUACGACAACCGUCUCGAGGAUAAAGAUCUGGACGAGCUGGACGCACUUGAAGACGAAGAAGACGAGGGCUUUCUUCAACAAUAUCGUCAAAAACGUCUCGCCGAACUCUCCACUCUCCAACAAACCAGCAACUUCAACCAAGUCUACCCCCUCCAAAAAGUCGACUACGGCCGAGAAGUAACAGAAGCCUCAAAAGAGGCCUUCGUCCUCGUGAACCUUACUGCCCAAGGCGCGAACGUCGAGUCCCGAGUCCUAACCGAGCUAUGGAGACAACUCGCUACCAAAUUCGGCGACAUCAAGUUCUGCGAGAUCCGCGCCGACAUGUGCAUUGAGGGAUAUCCGGAGCGAAACACACCAACCAUCCUUGUCUACAAGGAUACCGAGAUCCGGAAACAAUUGGUUACUUUAAGAGAGUUGAAGGGAGCACGGACUAGGCUGGAGGAUUUGGAACAACUCCUCAUUGACAUCGGUGCAUUGAAGGAGAGUGAUGUUCGUCUUAAAAAACACGAUGAUGAUGAUGAUGAUUACCGCAACUCUAAGGAUGAUGAACUGAACGUUGAGGAUUACGAUGAUGAUUGGGAUUAA